CACAAAUAUAUUUGAAAACCCUUUUAUCAAAAAUAUAUUGAAAAAUAACUUUUAUUUGAAUACAAACUAAACGUAAUUUCUAAACAAAUUUAUUGAAUCCGACAUUUGUUUUACACAUCUGAUCUUAACUUCAGUUGAAAUCAAAAUAAGAAGUUCAGAGAUAAUUGUCUGAAGCGAUGGCCGCAAAACGUAUCACCAAAUCAGCCAUAGAUUGGGCCAAAUUCAAUGAAGUGGUUCCCAAAGCUGAGAAACAGCUAUUCAAUCAAUUCAAAGCCAAGUCCGAUGGUUACCUUCGAAGAAUGCUAUCCUAUCCCGAAACGGCUCCGACCAUUGAUUGGGCCUAUUAUAAGAAAAAUGUCAUCAAUAAGACAGUCGUCGAUCAACUGGAGAGUACAUACAAAGCACUGUCUAUUACUUACCCGAAGGACACAGUGUCGGAACAGAUCGAUGGACAGGAAAGAGAAAAUGAUAAAGAAGUGCAAGAAUUCAUUGAGUCUUCAAAGCGGACUCAGACAGAGGCUCAAAAAAUGUACAACAAAUUUGAUGUAAUGCUUGAUGUAAAAGACAUGUCGAUCGAGGAAUUUGCGCUAACAUUCCCCGAUUGGGAAGUUCGACAAACUGUGCGUCCGUCGUGGUGGCCACACGAAGAAACUACACCCGGACUCACACAACAAGAAAGAGAUGAAAUCACUAAACUUGAUGGACGUCCGCAUUCACUCAUUUAGACAUUCAGUCAAUUAUAUUAAUUCAAAAAUGAUUAUACAGUAUAACUGUUGAGUAUAUAUGAGAUCCAAAUUAGAAACUUUUGUUUAAAA